GUGACAAUGCUCCAUACACUUCACAAUCUCUCAUCCCUUGUUUGUUUCCAUUUCUUGCUUCUAUUAUUUACUUGUUUUUCUCUAGUAUUCAUGGUGCUCGCUGGUAAACUUAGUACUGAACUUGGGGUGAAAGCAUCCGCUACCAAAUGGUUCAACCUCUUAACCACGCAACUUCACCAUGUUCAGAACCUUUGUGAAAGAGUGCAUGAAACCAAGCUGCAUGAUGGUGAUGACUGGCACGGUGUUGGUAAUUCGGUUAAACACUGGACUUAUGUCAUAGACGGCAAGGUACACACAUGUCAGGAGAGUAUUGAAGCCAUUGAUGAAGAGAACAAAACAAUCAAAUUCAUGCUCUUCGGUGGAGAUAUUAGUCAGCACUACAAGAGCUUUAAGCUGAUCUUUGAAGUGACUGAUAAGAACGAUGGCGGUGCUGCUGUUAAAUGGACUCUUGAAUAUGAGAAGAUCAAAGAGAAUAUUGAUCCUCCACAUGGCUACAUGGACUACUUUGACAAAUCCACUAAAGAGAUGGAUGCUUAUCUUGUCAAGGCAUAGCUCCUAAAAUUAUCAAGAAAAUAACAACAAAGGAGUAAUGGAUUUGGCUUUGAGGAUAUAUAUAUAUAUAUAUAUAUAUAUAUAUAUAUAUAUAUAUAUAAGUGUUUUAUCUAUAUAGUUAUUGUGAUGUUUGAAAUGUAGAAUAAAAUUAUAAUAUGCGUGUUUGCUUCUGUCCAUCCUUCGUUUCUGUCGAAUAAAUGCAGGUUGGUGGAUUGAAGUAUAUGUAAAAUUAUGUGAACCGGCCGGUUUAUGUAUUGCAAAUUAAGCUAAAUACUUUUAUAUAUAUUUGUGUGCAUAGCAUUUUUAUUAUAA